GCUGGAUGUGUUUUGUUAUUGUUAAUAUAUAGUGUAGUGGUCCUUCAGUUCUUCGCCAGUGCAAAUUUUCUCUGCUUAUAACUCUGUAAUAAUGUUCAGAAGGAGGAAGGAGAAACGGUCCUUGAAAUAGAACAGUUCUAACAAGUGCUUAUGAAUAAAUAGAUAGAAUAUGGCCAAGUUUUUGGUGUAAGAUUAAAUGGAAAACAAUCACAAUGAGGGUAAUUCAUUCUGGUAUCCUAGCAGUUAUUUUAAGCAUAUUCUUAAUUCAAGCCGCCGAUCCUCCGUACGAAAAAAGCACAGGAUCGUUCUUAUCACACCAAUUUGACCAACUCAUUUCGGCCACCAAAUUACCACUUUUUAAUAUCAACUCUCCAUUAAACGAUGACGUUUCAAAAAGGACCCGUCUUCAGCAUUUGCCUGAAACUAGUUCUUUAAACGAAAAUACCGAAGCUCCCAGAAUAAAUUCUACCACUACCCCUAUAUCUUUGAUAAUGAAAGACAAUAACGCCGAAGAUGUGGAGAAUCAGAAAGAAUUUCUGGAGCCACUUCUCAGACUUUACGAAAACGAUCUUCACAACAAUUUAGACAGUUUAAAUAUAACCGAAAGAAUAUCUAAAGAGGACGAAAAAGUCGAAGAACUGAAAUAUUUAACUAAAGAGGAACUUGACUUUUUAAUGAAUCCUUACAACACGAACGAUCCUUUGUACAACAGGAACAAACCAUAUAACGAAGAAGUGACUAAUAACGUGGCAAGAAGAGUCGAUGAUGGUACUUUACCGUCAUCAAUUUCUCCAGACAAAGAACAUAUAGGAGAAAUUCUACCUAGUAAUUUCAACAACUUCCCAUCCCCUUCUCAAAGAUCAUUAAAAAAUGUCUUAUCUUUUCACCCAGUAAGACGUACAAUCCCAAUAAUCGUAAGGAGACGAAUGUACAUCACGAAACCCUACCAUUCGAACAGGAUACUCAAGAAAUCAUUCGACUCUCAACAUUACUACAGGCCGUUCAGUUUUCCAUACGAAGAUCCGUCCAAGUUUCGAAGGCCUAUGAAAUUUCUGGAAGAUGUGGCCAACGUAAGGUCUGAAUACGACUAUUCAUUUAUCCCAACUGCAGGAUUUACCGAUGACGCUCCUCAUAAAACAUCAAACAGUAAACCCGACAUCGUUCCCGAUGGAACACGAACUGGAUAUGCAAGGCCUUCCGCUGUAUCGGUAAUACAGAACAGGUACAGGAAUGUGAGAACACAAAAAGGACUAAUCGUAAGAGAUCCUGCUACUGAUAGCAGCAAUUGGCAAGGCAACAGUUGGAAAGUAAGUCGACGACCUAGAGUUAUAUUUCCAUCGGAUUUGGUAGCUUUUAAGGAAACCAAUCAAGAGGAACCGGACUGGUUAGGUGCAGACGCUAACCUACAAGACAUCCAACAAAACGAUAUCAAAGACAGAGGUUCUGAAGAUGAUUGUACAGAGGACGCAACGUGUGAAUUUUUUUUAACGUGCUGGAUGAGUGGCGGCCUGCUAGAUGGUACCUGCGGUUUACUUAGGGGAUGCUGUCAAAGGGACAAUUCCAAAUCGGGGCGAAGUACCAGCCAAAUGGUCGGUACCAUCGAAGCUCCACGGGAAACUGCAAAGGCGCAAGCGGCACUUUUUGAUCUUGAUACGCAGUGUGGAAUACCUAGUCGUCAGCAGGCACAAAGAAGGAUAGUUGGAGGAGACGAACCAGGAUUUGGUUCCUUCCCUUGGCAAGCCUACAUAAGAAUAGGCUCUUCAAGAUGUGGCGGGUCAUUGGUUAGUAGAAGACACGUAGUCACUGCUGGUCAUUGCGUUGCGCGAGCAAUUCCCAAACAAGUUCACGUGACCCUUGGAGAUUACGUGAUAAAUUCUGCGGCAGAACCGUUGCCAGCAUAUACUUUUGGAGUCAGUUCGAUACAGGUGCAUCCUUUCUUUAAAUUUACACCUCAAGCAGAUCGUUUCGACGUGGCUGUUUUACGACUGGACAGAACGGCCAAUCAUCUUCCCCACAUAGCCCCGAUAUGUCUCCCCACAAAAGGGGAGAACUUUUUGGGAGAAGUGGGAGUGGCGGCCGGGUGGGGAGCUCUUUCGCCAGGGUCGAGGCUACGUCCGCAGACCUUACAAGCCGUUCCCGUUCCCGUCAUCGACAAUAGACAGUGCGAACGGUGGCAUAGAUCGAAAGGGAUCGGGGUGACAAUUUACGAUGAGAUGAUGUGCGCAGGUUAUAAAAAUGGGGGUAGAGACAGUUGUCAGGGUGACUCGGGGGGGCCGCUCAUGUUACAAAAACAGGGAAGGUGGUUCUUGAUAGGUAUUGUGUCGGCAGGAUACUCCUGUGCCCAACCCGGACAACCUGGAAUCUAUCACAGGGUUGCACACACCGUCGACUGGAUCGCAAGGGCGAUUGCGGCGUGAUUUUUGAUCACUCUUUAUCCAAAGAUUAUUACGUAACUUAAAAAUUAAAUAGUAUCUAAGACCCCCAUACGCGAAUUGAAAAAAAAAAGACACAACAGGUUCAGUAAAAGUGAACUAUUACAUAGAUACAAAUUGAUCAUCUUCUUCUAAUAAAACUUAUAGAAGAAGAAGAUUAAUUGCUAACAUCCUCGUUCUAUUAUUUUUUUGUAUUCUCAAGGGCUAACAGUACCUACCCUUGAUUUAAAGUCAUGGAUUAUAGUUGAAU